CUUUUUCCUCCUUGGAUUGGAAACACAACCAGCGGUCCGGAUAGCUCUAUAAAUUAUAGUCCUCAUCACCAGCACCUACCAUCACGAUUAUUGCCACCCCUGCCACCAUCACAUCAGCAUCAACAUCUUCCAUUCGAUUCCCACCUUCACCACCAUCAUACACAGCAUGCCUUGCCCCCAAAUAGCCAGUCUCAACAGUUAUCGACGGCAAAUCGUAUGAUGUCGCGCAUUUUCUAAAGAUUCUUCGAUUGUUUCGAUUUCCUUUACGUCGCAACGGCACUGAACACUUGCUUUUUGAUCGCAUAUACUUUCUUUUUAUGAGAUACAACCAGAGGCAUUCGAUACCAAAGCAAUAAUCUAAAUAAAUGUAUAUAAAUUAAGUAUGCAAUAAGUUUCUCACAUUUUUUCAUACAUACGUUCGCUCAUAUGGUCAUGCCCUAUGCAUAUGGUAUGUAUUAUAUAUGGAUGUUAUCCAUUGAUUUUUUGGCCUUACUUGCCUUAUCGACUUACUUACAUUUAAUUUAAUUAAUAUGUGAAAUACUUUGAAAUUGUAAUAGAUUAUUUUUUCCCAGUGUAAAUUUUUUUCAAGCCCAGUGACUUAUGUACACACUAUUUGCACAUGUACAUAAAUGUAUAUUUAAAACUAAAAAGAAAUUUAAAUAAUAAGUUGUAUUAAAACAAUAACAUUUUCUGUUUUUGUUUUUAGAAUAAUCUACCCAACCUUAUACUACCAGUACUUUCGAAAGACCGAUUGAGGUUGAAUAGAUUUUAACGAAUUGUGUACUUGUUAAUAUUUUAUUGUGAAUUAUUAGAAAAUAUAAAUAUAUAUGAAUAUUUAAAAAUAUAUAGCACUAAAUACAAUAUGUUCGACUUUUAGUAUUCUGUUUUUGAUAUCAUGAACAAUACAACGCAAUUGAAAGACAAGGCUCUAUAAGUACAUAUAUCCAAGACUGAAAUAAUUGCGUGAAUAUUAUAAUUUAAUUUUUUCUUUUCAUUAUGUGUACAAGCUCACCGGAAAUUCGGGUUAAGAAAUUACAAAUAUGUGCGUACGUACACAUCUGUACGUAUAGUAUAUAGCGAAUAAGUGACACAUUUGUAAUAUAUUUUUAUAAAAAUUUGUUUCAAUCUACUCUCAAAAUGUUAAUUGUUUUAUAAUUUUUACCGUGGAAAUGCUUUCUUAUUGUCUAUAAUAGUACUAGAGGUCUUCUAAUUAAUUAUUGCAUCCGAGCAGAUCAUAACAUUUUGCGCGCUAACGUUCAGUGGCAAUUUUGUGUGGAUAAAAGGGAUGGGUUUAGAUCACCGGUGGACACCACUAAACUCAAUUUGCAUGUAUUCGUGCUUCACCGCUGUUUUAAACGCAUCCGAAUUAUAUUCUUUAAAAUGUAGUUCUCAAAAGAUGUUUCAAGUAAUCACUUUUAAAUUUAAUUUUUAUUAAUUUUUAAUUUUUUAAUUAAUUUUAAAACUGGUUUCUUGUUCAUUAUUAUCAUUUCACCAAUGGCCUUUGUUUAUUUAAAGCAAACUAUUUAUAGAUCACAAUAUUAAUUGAGAUCCAGUCCGAUUUUUUUAAGUUAAUUUUAUUCCCAAUACAAAUCAGGCAUUAUGAAAAUAUAAUAAUUAAAUGUUAUGUAAAAAAUUAUACAUAAAUUUUAAUAUGAUUUUUUUAUAGUUAUUACAAAUGUAUUUGGCUUAAAACGGAAUCUUGUAAUAAAUAGGAGUGUUUGUUGCGCGCAAGAGUAUUCAUAAAUUUAUAUAAAAUAUUUAUAAAGAGUAACUUAUGCAUGUAUCUGUGGACGAGUGUAUGUGUGCAUCUUGUAAAGAGCGCGAACAUUUUAGCUAAUUACCAAUGUCAAAUGUUACAUACAUAUGUACGAUUAUGAUUUAAAGAAAAUAUAUUGAAUUGUUUACAUUAAAAGCGAUGUU